AUGGAGUCUGCACCGUCGUCGCUGAGUUACCUCCGUGCGGUGCAGCAGCUGCAGAAAAAGACAGAGGAAUUAGAGCGCGUCCGCGAGGAGACGCGUCGCCUGGAGCGUGAAAAUGCGGUGCUCCUGGAAGAAAAGGCGGCGCUGAUGCGGGAAGUGACGCAACUGGGGGCGCAGAAUCGCGACUGGCGCGCCGAAUUUGGUUUGCUUGAGGAGCAGGUGAGGAAGCAGCAGCGGCACCUGCAGGAACACAUCGAGCGGGAAGCCAAGCGGCUGCAGACCUCCAACGCGAAGUCGUGUGAGAGUAACGCGGAAAUAAUGGCGCUGCGGCAGCAACUCGAGGCGACUGAGGUGGCAAGAGAGGAGGGGGCGGCCGCGGUGGAGCAGUGCCGUUGUCUCUCACGUGAGGUGGCCGCACUAAAGCGAGAGCUGAAGGCCUCCAAGGCGAGGGCAUCCCACUACCACUCCACACACGCACGCAAUGCGGCGGGGAGUGCAGCCAUGGACGCGAUUGAGAGCAAAGCGCUGGAGGGAUUGCGAAGUGAGAUCGCCUCCUUUGCGGCAGAAAACGAAAGACUGAUGAAUGAGUUGGAAGCGGAGCGCAAGGCGCGUGUAGUGGCGGAGGAGGGUGUAGUAAAUCUGCAGCAGCUUCUACAGCGGCAGCGGGAGGUGAGUGAACGGCAGCAGCUACUUUCCAAGGCGGAGCUCCAGGCACUUAACGUGCAGAACGACGCCCUCCUGGACGACGUCAAGCGCCUGAUGGAGCAAGAAGCGAUGGGCAGGAAUGACGUCACUGUGGCGUCUUUUGCCGCCGCAAAUCCCCGCCGCGUGUCAACCGUGGACCGCGGCACCGUGACGACGGAGGUGAUGUACAAGCCUCUUCGCUCACCGUCUGUGCAAAGAGUGAGAGAAACUUCGCCCGCUAGCGCGUGUCCCGCUGAUGUGAGCGGCGCUCCAAGCACGACGCCGCUGCAGAGACCCAUCAAAGAGUUGCUGCGGAAGGUGCGGGAGUUGGAGAGCACAACGGCGGAGCAGGCGCUUCUACUUCGCGAGAAGGAGGCAAACGAGCGCCUUCUCGAGGAACGCGCAGCACUCCACGCGGAGGAGCGACGACACCUACGCUUGCUGCUCGACAAGGCCACAGCGCCGGAGAGGAGCGAUACACACCACGACCGCAGUCACCUCGUACGCGCCGAGGCCGACACGGAGCUCAGUGCCGUACUUGAGGCAAUCAUCGACUUGCUGAGGCUCUUUGUCCACUGCACCGCUCGCCUCCGUGCACGCCUUUUUCUUCCGACAGCAAACACAGACUCGGUCGUGCUCCCCGUUGUGCCCUGUCGUGACCACAACAGUCCACAGCUCAACGCCAUCUUCAGCCACCUUGGUGGACUCCGGCACAUCGCCGCUGUCAUUGACGAGACUGCAGAAGCAGCACUCUCACGACAGCAGCAGCAGCCGGCGCUCCGCCAACGAGAGUCCACGACAGCCACAGUACCACAACUUCCUCACACUCCUGUAGAGAUGUCGCCGGCAAGCCACCCAUCGACCAGCGAAGCGAGAGCGUCAGCCCCGCACGGCGCGACUGGAUCAGCGCACAUAUUGUCCACCAAAAGAGACAUUACCUCAUGGUUGACGGCCCGGCAAGAGAACCUUCAGCGACAGUUGCAGCAAUCCAAAGAAACCAACAACUCUGCACAGAGCGCACCACCACACUCCCACCACAACUAUCAAUCGGGCGAAACACUAGAAGAAGCUGCCAAAGAAUUUACGAAGAUCAACUAUCGAACCAAUCAUCGAUAA